GUGGUGAAAAGAAAUACAAAGUGUUAAGUGGACAAGUUCAGAACACAUGCUUUUAUUUUGACAACGUGAACCGGAAGUGUUUCUGUCUUGACUGAUUUAGAGCAUUUCAUCGUUAGCUUGUGGUUUAACAAUGCAGCAACGAGAAGAGAAGCAGUUAGAGGCGUCGGUGGAGUCUCUCAUCUCUCGGGUAGCACACGUCAAAAACGCUCUUCACAGUUUCAUUUAUAAGUUGGAAAAUGAAUACGAGCGAUUAACAUGGCCUUCUGUUUUGGACAACUUCGCUCUUCUGUCCGGUCAGCUGAACACUAUCAAUAAACUGCUCAAGAAUGAGAAGACACCAUCCUUUCGCAACCAGGUUAUAAUACCACUGCUUCUGUCUCCAGACCGAGAUGAGGAUUUAGCAAAACUCACAGAGCAGCGUGUCCCAGUGUUCAGCCACGAGAUCGUACCAGACUACCUGCGGACCAAGCCUGAUCCAGAGGUGGAGGAGCAGGAGAAACAGCUGAGUGCAGAUGCAACACGAAUUGGCCCAGAGGCGGCACAGAAACAAAUCCAGACGUUGAAUAAACUGUGUUCCAAUCUGCUAGAGAAGCUUAACAAUCCUCGUGAUGACAGAGAUGCAGAAAGUGCAGCAAUACGACAGAACAAACCGUCUUUCAACCCCGCUGACACUAACGCGUUGGUUGGAGCUGUCGCAUUUGGAAAGGGGCUUUCCAAAUGUAGACCACCAGGUCCAGUGGCCCCUGGACAUCCAGGACAAGGGCCCAUGAUGAGUGGAGGUCCAACCUUACAGCAGGUCACCAUUGGUGGCGGUUCAGGCCAGCAAGCAGGUAUGGGAGGACCUGUGGCUCCACAGCAGCAAGGGCAGCCAGGUAGGAGACCUGGAGAGCUGGGAAAAAUGCCAAGCAGCAUCAAGACAAACAUCAAAUCUGCGUCCGGUUCAAUGCAUCCUUACAGCCGAUGAGCUCCUUCUUUCUUACAUUUGUUACAUUUCAGCGCGUCACCCACAGCAAUGACAACAUUUACAAAACAUACUCAGCACCUUUUUGACCUUUUUAUAUAAACCCAUUAUUUUCAUGGAAAGGGCCAACUUCUACGAAGUUAGUACUCUCUUCUCUCUAAAGCUGUUUCACUAACAUUCUUAGUACUCAAUAAAAUUAUCUCAAACAUAAAAUCUUAAUAAUAUUAAUUCAUUUGCGACCAUCAGGGUACAUAUUUUAAUUUGUGAUACAACAUCUGAGCCGCUAGAUGGCAGUAUGUCGUCAUUUAUGGGAUUAUAACAGCUUGUAUUUGGAACUGUACUCUUUGACUCUUUUUCAAUAAAAGAUGUGUUAAAAGGA